GAAAGUAAAUCACAGAAUCAGUCCUAGACGAGCACAUUGAAAUUUCUUCUUCAUCGUCUUCCGACCAGAAAAGGGAAAAAGGGAAAUGUCUCCACCGUCCGCAGUCGCUGUGUCUGGCUAGCGAGGGAAAAAGCCAAAAGGAAUUAUCUGCUGAGAAAGCACCAGGAUCACUUAAAUGCGGGUCCAAUUCAUCCCGUUUGGCGGUUUUUGCAAAAUCUGCCCCCUCUUUGUCAAAAUUCCCACCUAAAUCAAGAAAACCCUCUCUCUUUUCCUGUUCACGAACCCUAAUGAUAGCUCGUCCGUUUGACAAUUGAGAAACCACCAGACGCACGGACGAUCACUUCGAAAGAAAGAAGGGAUUUUGAAGGAAGGGCUGAACGGAAAUGGAAGAAGAGGGAAUUGGGUUGGUGCUGGCGAGGGCCACGGAGCUGAGGUUGAAGAUCGGCAACUGCGUCCACAGGGUCACCAACUCCGCUGCGCCACCGCCGGGCGAGAGGCGAGAAGAUGGCGAGGUCCACGAGGCGGAGGAAGGAGAAGAAGCAGAGACGCUCUUCAGCAUAUGCGACGCGCUCGAAGCCCUCGAGUCUCAGCUCUCCUCUCUGCAGGCUAUGCAACAAAACCACCGGUAUGAGAGGGAAGCUGCCCUUGCUGAGAUUGAAUACAGCCGCAAUAUGCUUCUUGAUAAGCUCAAGGAGUACAAAGGGGAAGAAUUGGAAGUCAUUCAAGAGGCCUCUGCUUUUGCUGGAGAAACGGUGGAGCACAACAACGACCUCCUGCUUCCACCAUACCCUAGCCGCCCUCCACUUCAUCUUUCAAGCUUUUCCCCACGCAAGUCUGUCCGAAAUGGGAUAAUCUCUUCGGAUCUCACAAACGAAUUUAAGAAGAAUAUGAAUGAGAUCGAGAAGAAUCAGGGACAAAGCGGGUCAAGAAACCAGGGCCUACGACUGCGUCACUUCAUUGGUUCAGCAGCCAAGACGGUGGCUACUCUUGUUGGUAUGAUAUCAAUACUGAGCUUGGCUGGUUUUGGUGCUAAGUCUGAGACAAGCAAUGGGCCCUUAAAGCAUCUGGGUCUGUUUUUUAGACAAGUAGUUAGAAGCAAUGAACGAGGUAUUCAGUGUCCUCCCGGAAAAGUAUUAGUCGUGGAGAAUGGGCAACCUAGAUGCCUUGUUAAGGAGAGAGUUGAAGUUCCAUUCGAGUCUGUUGUUGCAACAUCUGAUGUAAACUACGGGUGUGGUUAGUUUUGGUUGUCUCGCAUCUUCUUGUACAUCUUUGUUCUAUGUGACACUGAGAAGUCAGGUUGAUAAAGGCAUGCUGGUGCACGAUUUUGUCCGAUUUCCA